AAAAGUUAGUUUUACAUAUUGACAAAUUAGAAUUGUUUUGAAGAAAUUUUACGUGAAUAAAAGAUUAGGAGCGAAUGUAUUGUGUAACUAAGAGAAGUAUUAAAAAGUAAAAGCAAGUGAAUUCAUUAAUUAGUGUUAAAUAACUUACUGUAAUGAAGUCAAACUUAUAGCUUCCCAUUGCAGUUGAAAAAUAAAGUAAAGUAUCACUAAGUUGGCGCCAUAAUAGCUGACUAAUUAAGCCAAUGAAUUGAGGCGACCUACAUUGUGAAGAAUAAAAAUCCGAAUGUCGUUGAAAAGGAAACGCUACGACCUAAAUUUGAAAAUGAAGCUAAAAUACUGGCAUUUAAAUGUAACUGGUUAACCAAGAAACGAAAACUAAAUAAUUUUCUGAAAUAGUACGGAAAAUAAAAAAAUUUUGAAUUUUCGCCAAAUCCUAUCAUCAUUAAGCGAAACACAAAGACUAAACUAUCAUAAGUAUAAUUUAUGCUGGCCACAGCUGCCACACUUUAAAGUAGACAGCGCACUUAAGGCUGGUUGUAUGAAGAAAUUUGGGUCAAAAGUUGAAAAUCUGUCUUUACAAACGUGCCCGCCGACAUAUACCCUCUACGCCGAUUCGCUGACGCCAACGCAAACUCUUUUAAUUUUGUGAAGACGAAAAUGUUAAGCAAAACACAAAAGCUCAUACUUGGUAUCAUAAUAUUGUUACUGGUCGAUGUGAUUUGGGUAUCAUCCAGUGAACUAACAAAGUUUCUUUACCAAAAUGAAAAAUUCGACAAGCCGUUUUUUUGUACUUUUUUCAAAACUUCAAUGUUUGCAAUCUAUUUGGUUGUGAUCGGAUUGGUGACACCAUGGCGAGAGUCUUGUGAGCGCCAAAAUGGCAAUUACUCGGUUAUGGAUCAAGCAGUGGAUGAUGAGAGUUACUACGUUACUAAUCCUUCACUGAGCGAUCCCACGUUUAUUCCUAUACGUUCGAGUGGUGCUAUAUCUGGCACGGAAAGUGAUGACUCCAGUAUACGCAGUGUGCGUUUCAGCAAGAUGGCUGAAGUACGAGAAAUGUCAGCCCAUGAGGCUACAGAGGCGUUAAUGGCGCGCCUUUCAUAUGCAGCAAGCAUACGCCUGCAUAGACAAAAGUCUCAUCAUAAAACCGCAAAGACAGCAUUACUGUUUUGUGUACUGUGGUUUGCUGCAAAUUAUUUUUUCCAAUUAGCACUGGAGAUGGGUGAAACCGCAAUGGUCACAUUGCUAAGCUCUUCAUCCUCUUUCUUCACGCUCGUACUAGCAGCUUACUUCCCUUCUUCUAUAGGGGAUAAGUUUACCAUAACCAAAAUCAUUGCAGUCGCUAUGAAUAUUGGUGGAAUUGUUACAGUCACUAUCUCCGACAUCCACGAUACACAAUUUUCGCGUGGUGCAUUAUUAGCGCUAUUCAGCGCUUUUUUCUAUGCUGCUUAUUUAGUAUUUGUGAAAAGAAAAAGCGAUACAGAGGAAAAGGUUGACAUUCCAUUAUUUUUUGGUUUCGUGGGGCUUUGGAAUCUUUUACUUAUGUGGCCGAUAUUCUUCAUUCUGCAUUUUCUAAAAAUUGAACAAUGUGAGCUCCCAAAUGAGAAUCAAUUUGCUAUAUUAUUUCUAAACGGAUUGGUCGGUACUGUGAUCUCAGAAGCACUUUGGUUAUGGGGCUGCUUUCUCACCUCUUCACUGAUUGGCACAAUUGCUAUGUCGCUACAAAUACCAUUAUCCAUUUUAUUUGAUAUCGCCUUGAAACGGAAACCAUACUCUCCAAUGUUUUAUAUGGGUUCAAUACCUAUAUUUUUUUCACUGUUAUUGGUGGCAAUAUUAAUGCGCAACGAUGACUCUGAUCCACUAAUGAGGCUAUUUAAGGUUAUGUACAGAAAUCUGUGUCGUUGCCGAAAGCCAAAUAUAGUCAGAAUAAACGACGAGGAACAGCAAGAAUCGCUAAUUGGCAGCAAUGACUGAACUAUCUUCCAAUAAUUACAUAUGCUCACAUAAACAAGUAAAUAGUAUAUGCAAACGUAGAAUCCCUGUUAAUACACUUCUAAAGCAAAAAAGAAAGUUUUAUGAAAACGCUUUUAUUCUAUUAUACAUAGCUAAAAAUGUAACACAUCAAAACUAUGGCUGUAUAUCUUCGAGUCUUCGAUUCGAAUUUAUAUUUAUGGAGAAAAAUGUAAAUCGCACAAAUUAAAUUAAACUCUCCUACUUUUAUAGGAUAUCUAAUGUGUAUAUGUGUGUCCACCAUGAUGUUUUAUUUUAAUUUGCGUUUAUAGGUUAGAUGGAAAAAAUAAUUCCGCUGCAAAUAAACCUUUUACUAAUUGUGAUAUUACUGAAAUUCUAAUAUUUGUAAUUUCACUGUACUCAAAAUUUGUUUUUUUUUUUAAUAUGUAUAGUAUUUAUAAGGUAAAUAAAGCCACUUUUACUUUUAAUACAUAAUAGUUUUCAAUUUUAACAGCUUUUGCUAAUUUACAAAAAUUAAAUAUUUAUGUUGUACAGUAAUUAAGUUCCCUCCUAGUAAUCUCAUUACGUAAACAUAAAAAGUAAAGAAUUUUUAAGUGUAUUUAUACUGUGAAUAGUCUUAGCUUGUUAUAAAAUGUAAAAUAUUUACAAAAGUUUUCAUGUAUAGCCAACAAUAUAAAAUAAAAUUAUUCAGAAAAUAAUUCUAAUAGUAAACUGAGAUGUUAAGAAACUAAUAA